CUCGCUCAGUCAGAGCAGUGUAAGACACAGAGACAGAAACACACGCUCUCUCUAUCUCUUCACACACACAUUCACUCAUGCUCACACACACAGGCGGCACGUUUCCUCUAUCGGACUGACACAACACACACGCCGGGAUAGUCAGACUCCAACUGAGGAGAGGAAGAUAAGGAGUGACAAAUCAGGAAAAAAGACCGAAAAAGAAAGAGAAUCUCUGCGAGGUGAAGAGGAGGAUCCUGCUGACAAUUUCUCCCACUCCAAGAUGGCCAACCUUGUGACAUCGCUGUGCUGUGUAGUUCUGGCCGCAGUGGUGGUAGCCUACGCUCAGAGGCGCAGUCAGCUUGUUGCAAGGAACCAGUAUGAGCGGAUGGGCAGUGAUGUCACCAUGCAGUGCGGCUCCCUAGACAACGACGCAUCCGUGUCAUGGAAGGUGAACGGGACAGACGUGAAGGCCCAGCACCGUCUGGAAGGGCCCAAACUGAUCCUGAACCAGGUGGACCUAGGCCACAACGGACUCUACAGCUGCUUCCAGAACCCCCACGGAGAGAGACGGGACACAAUCCUGCUACACGUCGGCAUUCCCCCUCGGGAGCCCGGAAUCUCUUGUCGCUCCAAUGCCUAUCCCAAAAGCUUCUACUGCAGCUGGCACCAGACGCAACCAACGUACAUCCCCACCACCUUUGAAGUUGAUGUACAACAUAACCAACGUUCACUGGAGGUGCAGAAAGAUCCGGUCCACAAGAAUCGCUGUCAUGUACGUUUUCCAGAGGUCUUCUCAAGCUUCCCUUACAUCGUUAAUGUGACGGCAGUCAACGCCUUGGGAAAGGCAUCUUCCACCUAUUCCUUUGAAGAGUCUUUUAUAGUAAAACCGGAUCCCCCCGAGCGUGUGACAGCAACCCCGAUCCGUUCCAACCCCCGGAGGUUGGAGGUGUCCUGGAACAGCCCUGCCACCUGGCCCGACACAGACAAUUUCCCUCUGAAGUACUUCCUUCGAUACCGGCCGCUCAUCCGAGACCAGUGGCAGCAUGUGGAGCUUUCUGACAGCACUUCUCAUACCAUCACUGACGCCUAUGCUGGGAAGGAGUACAUCAUCCAGGUGGCUGCCAAAGACACAGAGAUCGGAACAUGGAGUGACUGGAGCGUUGCUGUCCAUGCUACACCCUGGAUUGAAAAUAACCCGCCAAUCAUAUCCACAACCGAAGUCGAAUUUGUCACCGAGACCAAGACUUCUCCCAUACCGUCAUCCAAGGCACCACAGAGGGCUCAUGCUCCGGUGGGCAGGGCGGCCAGGGUCCUCGCAUUCUUCUCUCCUUUGCUGUUAGCAAUGCUGCUGCUGUUCAUGUGAUGUAAACGUCUUAUUCCUGAGGGGGUGAUGAGAAGUGGGAGGAAGAUGAAGAUGAAGAGGAGGAGGCUGGUGUUUUUUCUAUUUUGCACAUGUUUCAAGGAUACAGUGCAUCGACCAUUUCUGUCCAUUACACAGUUACUCACCGAAAUUACUUAGACCUGAAGUCAGACGAUGACGAUGCCAUCCAGCAUUUUUGAUUAAUGGUGACAAAGAAAUUCGUCUAAGGAACUUUUGAAAACGGCAUCAUGAUCAUCAUCAUGAUCAUCAUCAUCAUCAUCAUCAUCAUCAUCAUCAUCAUCAUCAUCACCAAUGAGAGCAACAGCGGGAGCAGCGACAUCAGCAGUGACAUCACCACGAACAGACCAACUUUAGGCCUACGCCCCCGGCGGCUUCGACGUGCCACAGCAUACUGACUUGUUCAGUUUGGUUCAGGAAGUUCCUAUUCAGAGCAAGAAAAUCAACUCCUGAUCUUACUAAAAAAAUAAAUAGAAAAAAAAUCAUCACUUAGUUAACUUUUUCAUUCUUUUUUUUAUUAAUUAAUUGACUGCCUUUCAUGUUACUCUCUUUUAAGAUGCACAGUGCUGUACAGACACACACACGCACACACACACACACAUAAAUAUAUACGGGACGUGUGUUUGCUUGUAUGCCUAAGGUAGCAACCCCUUAUACAACCCAAUCAUCAUGCCAAAGACUCAUCUUACACCCACAACAAAAUGGAUCACGAACGGAUUAUUGAGCUUCCCAAAGCCUUUGCCUGUCCUCACAGAGGGCUGUGAACCCCAGAGAAUCGUGUGAGAGACCAUCGGAUCGACACCCAAGUGUGGGACCUGGUUUAUACUUGUGAUCAAUCUGAGGAAACCCACAGCUCCUGUUUGUGUAGAUAAAGCAUUUAACAAAGAAGCCACACUGACUCUGACUCCACACGGCUCCUGCGACUCAAUCAACGUGACGGAGCGAGUGGCUUGUUUCUGAUCCGAGGACCGACACCUUAAGGAAUUCAGCGACGGUAGCCUGGCUUAUUUAGACAGUUAGCUUUACAGUGUGCUUAUAGCAACUGGCAAGACGGACCUGGAUUGUAAGAAAAAUAAAUAAUAAUAAUGAAUAAAGUGGAUUUCAGACUGAACCCUUUUUUUCACACCUAUUUGCUUUUAGUUUGGUUUUGUGUUGGCAGCAACAAGGUUGGUUAUUGGUACUCUGACAUGGGCUACGGUACGUUGGUUUCCCAUUCUGCUCUGUGCUGUAAAAUACAAUAACACAAAUCUGUUGGCUUUCCAAAACCUGGGGCCUUUAUAAACAUUAGAAAUGUCUUUUUGCAGUUUACAUUUCGAUAGCCAAUAUCACCAGUUAAAUAUUAUGUUAUUCAAAGUAAUAUUGAUGUCUUUAGAGUAUUUUUUUCUGACUUUAUGGACAAAUAAUAAAAAGAUGCAUAUAGGGCUUUCUUUUUUUUUCAGAAAUUCAUAAUGGCUUAAUUCUCCUUGAUCCUAUUUUGUAAACUAUGAUAUGUAACUUUAACAUUGAACGAGAAGUUUAUUAUUUAAUUAUAAUAAUAAUGUAUGUAUUAGCGGUAGAAUGUCGUAACCUGUACCUGGGGUCUUUUUUAUAGAUGUAUAUACAAUGACAGGUUUCAACCAUUAAAUGUGACCAUUUCACAAUGAAUUAUGACAAA